GUUUACCACUAACACGGGCUCACAUGAGCCCAGGCUUUCGGUUUGUGCGCUUUUGGAGCGCAUACACCACUCUGAUAACAUAAAUCUGACCAAUGCGCGCCUUUGUGUUUGAGUCGUUACUAAAACUGACUGUUUGGGUAUCUAGAUCAUGCACAUGAAUACUGGCCAGCUUCAAGCACAAUACUUGCACUCGGAGGUUGCCAAUUCUUGCUUUCGCUAGAUUCGGAUAUCGACACACAUGAAGGCCAACCGCAUCGGAAGUACUUUCUGGGUUCGCUAUGUGGACGUUCAACAAGCUGGCCUAUCCUAGACCGCCCAAUGAAAGAAGGCGCUCAAAUACGGAAUGCAUCACGCAGGCGCACCAUCGCGGCCGCUAGUCCUGGACCAACGCUUUUCUGGGCUUCUGUGUUAAAUUGACCACAUGCCGAUCUAAGGUCCAACCAAUCAGAAGGUACGAACUCAACAACAUAGGAUGACAUCUUCCUUCAGUUCGUCCCCUCCUAUCGGCUUCUUGCCAGAUCUGGUCCCUUUUCGAUCGAUUGACGAAUGCGCGAUGACUCGCUGGUCAUACGCAUUUAUCCUCCCCCCGAGCUCUGGGGCCCCUAAUAUUAGCUUCCACUGUUGCGCCGCGUACAUGUCCCGUCGUCUUUCACACAUUGUGAGGUGCGACGCGCAUAUAAGCCCGCCCUGCUUCCUUCUGUUGCCGUAAUUCGCAACGUUGUGACCUUACUUCGGAUAUGCGCACUAAAGAACUCAAAGUCGAAUACCGUCAGCUUGGAAAGUCGGGUCUCAGAGUGUCGGUGCCGAUCCUUGGUGCCCUUAGCUUUGGUACUUCCAGAUGGGGACAGGCGCCAUGGGUUCUCAAUGCCGAGGAUGCUUUCCCUAUACUAAAGGAGGCAUGGGACCUUGGCAUUAACACCAUCGACACCGCGAAUUCAUACUCUAAUGGUGAGUCGGAACGCGUCAUUGGGAAGUUCAUCAAGAAGUACAACAUCCCGCGACAUCAGAUCAUCAUCGCCACGAAAUGCUAUCGUCUCGUCGCUGAGUACCCUGAACUCCGGACGAGCACGACACCCGGCCUCCAAAAUCGCCGCGAGUACGUGAACCAGUCCGGCCUCUCGCGGGCCGCCAUCUUCAAUGCGGUAAACGCGUCGCUCGAGCGUCUCGGCACCGACUACAUAGACCUCCUCCACAUUCACCGCUUUGACCCUGACGUCCCACCGGAAGAAACGAUGAAGGCGCUUCAUGACCUCGUCGAGUCCGGUAAGGUGCGGUAUAUCGGUGGGAGCUCGAUGCGAUGCUGGCAAUUCGCGAUGCUUAACGAGGUGGCGGCGCGGAACGGAUGGACGAAGUUUGUCAGUAUGCAGGACGAGUAUUCGUUAUUAUAUCGCGAAGAGGAGCGUGAGAUGCACGCAUACUGCAAUCACCACGGCAUCGGUAUCAUUCCAUGGGGCCCACUCGCUACAGGUGACCUCGCUCGGCCACUAGGCGUCGAGACCGAGCGCGCCAGCGCAUCAAAGGGCACUAUCUUCGAGCGCAAGUUCAGCCCGUCAGAUGAGCUCAUCGUGAUGCGUGUCGAGGAACUUGCACGGAAGUACGACAAACCGAUGAGUCAGAUUGCACUGGCGUGGAUCAACGGACGAGUCGCGAGCCCCAUCAUUGGUGUUAGUUCGAUACAGCGACUGCACGAAGGUAUCAUCACGGGAUUCCAGCUCACGCCAGAGGAGGAAAGGUAUCUGGAAGAACCGUAUGAACCAAAACGUAUCCGAGGGCACGCAUGAUGUAAGACCGCGGAGUGCGAUAGGUUGGCUAUGUUAGUUCUCUGAACAUAUUAUCCAACGCGUCAUAUAUGCGCAU